GCGCUGAGCGCGGCGCGGGCGCUGGGCCGGCGGCUCCCGGGCGCAGCAUGGCGGUGGAGGAAGAGGGGUUACGCGUCUUCCAGAGCGUGAGGAUCAAGAUCGGUGAAGCCAAAAACCUCCCCUCCUACCCUGGGCCAAACAAGAUGAGGGAUUGCUACUGCACCGUGAACCUGGACCAGGAAGAGGUGUUCAGGACCAAAAUUGUGGAGAAGUCGCUCUGCCCCUUUUAUGGAGAGGACUUUUACUGUGAAAUUCCUCGGAGUUUCCGCUACCUGUCGUUUUACAUCUUUGACCGGGACGUUUUCCGGAGGGAUUCCAUCAUAGGGAAAGUGGCCAUCCAGAAGGAGGACCUGCAGAAGUACCACAACAGGGACACGUGGUUCCAGCUGCAGCACGUGGACGCUGACUCAGAAGUGCAGGGCAAGGUCCACCUGGAUCUGCGGCUGAGUGAGGUUAUCACAGACACAGGCGUCGUCUGCCACAAGCUUGCUGCACGCAUCGUCGAGUGCCAAGGCCUGCCCAUAGUGAAUGGCCAGUGCGACCCUUAUGCCACCGUGACGCUGGCAGGACCACUCAGAUCAGAGGCCAAGAAGACGAAGGUGAAGAGGAAGACCACCAACCCCCAGUUUGAUGAGGUGUUCUACUUCGAGGUGACCAGACCUUGCAGCUAUAGCAGGAAGUCCCACUUCGACUUUGAGGAGGAAGAUGUAGACAGGCUGGAGAUCAGAGUGGACCUCUGGAACGCCAGCAACUUGAAGUUUGGAGAUGAGUUUCUGGGAGAACUGAGGGUGCCCUUGAAAGUGCUGCGGCAGUCCAGCUCCUACGAAGCGUGGUACUUCCUUCAGCCCCGGGACAACGGCAGCAGGAGCCUGAAGCAGGAUGGGCUGGGCUCCCUGAGACUGAACGUUGUAUACACAGAGGACCAUGUCUUCUCCUCCCACUACUACAGCCCACUGCGGGACCUGCUGCUGAAAUCUGCGGAUGUGGAGCCUGUCUCCGCGUCGGCGGCCCACGUCCUGGGGGAGGUGUGCAGAGAGAAGCAGGAGGCGGCCAUCCCGCUGGUGCGACUCUUCCUGCACUGUGGCAGGAUUGUGCCCUUCCUCAGUGCCAUCGCCAAUGCCGAGGUGAAGAGGACCCAGGACCCCAACACCAUUUUCCGAGGAAACUCAUUGACAUCCAAGUGCAUCGAUGAGACAAUGAAGCUGGCAGGCAUGCACUACCUGCAUGUCACCCUGAAGCCCGUCAUAGAGGAGAUAUGCCAGAGCCACAGGUCCUGUGAGAUCGACCCCGUGAAGCUGAGAGAUGGCGAAAACCUCGAGAGCAACAUGGAGAACCUGCGCCAGUACGUGGACCGCGUCUUCACGGUCAUCACCAAGUCUGGCGUGAGCUGCCCCACCGUCAUGUGUGACAUCUUCUUCUGCCUGCGGGAGGCGGCUGCCAAGCGCUUCCAAGACGACCCGGACGUGAGGUACACGGCUGUGAGCAGCUUCAUCUUCCUGAGGUUCUUUGCGCCUGCCAUCCUCUCCCCCAACCUCUUCCACCUGACGCCUCACCACACGGACCCACAGACAUCGCGGACCCUGACACUCGUCUCAAAGACCAUCCAGACGCUGGGCAGCUUGUCCAAAUCCAAGUCUGCCAGUUUCAAGGAGUCCUACAUGGCCACAUUUUACGACUUCUUCAACGAGCAGAAGUACACAGACGCAGUGAAGAACUUCUUAGAUUUGAUCUCCUCGUCGGGGAGAAGAGACCCCAAGAGCAUCGAGCAGCCCAUUCUACUGAAGGAAGGGUUCAUGAUUAAGAGGGCGCAGGGAAGAAAGCGCUUUGGGAUGAAGAACUUCAAGAAGAGGUGGUUCCGCCUGACCAACCAUGAAUUCACCUACCGCAAGUGCAAAGGAGACCAGCCCCUCUACAGCAUCCCCAUCGAGAACAUCCUGGCCGUGGAGAAGCUGGAGGAGGAGUCCUUCAAGAUGAAGAACAUGUUCCAGGUCAUCCAGCCCGAGCGCGCCCUCUACAUCCAGGCCAACAACUGCGUGGAGGCCAAGGACUGGAUCGACGUCCUCACCAAAGUGAGCCAGUGCAACCAGAGGCGUCUCACCUUCUACCACCCGUCUGCCCACCUGAACGGGCACUGGCUGUGCUGCAGGGCCACCUCGGACACGGCGCCCGGCUGCUCCCCCUGCACCGGUGGCCUCCCAGCAGAUAUCCAGCUGGCCAUCGACGGGGACCGGGAGACGGAGCGCAUCUACUCCCUGUUCAACUCCUACAUGGGCAGGCUGGAGAAGAUGCAGGAGGCCUGUGGGAGCAAGUCUGUGUACGAUGGCCCCGAGCAGGAAGAGUACUCGGCGUUCGUCAUCGAUGACCCGCAGGAGACCUACAAGACCCUGAGGCAGAUCGUGGCCGCGGUGGCCGCCUUGGAGCAGGAGCACGCGCAGUACAGGAGGGAUAAGUUCAAGAAGACGAGAUACGGAAGCCAGGAGCACCCCAUUGGAGACAAGAGCUUCCAGAGCUACAUCCGGCAGCAGUCUGAGACCUCCACUCACUCCAUGUAGUCUGCAGGGGUCUGGGGUGGCACCCGUGGUGCCUGCACCUGCAGAGCCACAGCCUGCAGGAAGGGAGGAGGCCACGCCCACCACUGCCCAGAGCCGUCCUGCAGUGGCCACGUGGCCGCACAUCUUGCUCCGCUCCAGUGCACCACUGACCGCCCUUCUAGAACACGGGGUCAUCUGUUCCCUUGCGCUCCACGGUCUCCUGGGCACCCAGUGACCUGCUGGAUGACCAGCACCACGGCUCUGCCCUCCCAUGCCUGGGAGCCGUGCACUUCCUGCACCACGUGCGCUUCCGUCUCGUGCACUCUGCCCUGCUGGUUUCCACGGCCUGUGCCUGGGUUGGACGCUCUGCUUUGUCCUGUCAGAGACUAUAGCUAUCUUCCCAGGAGCCUGCCGUCGGGCAGCCGGGGCGGCCAGAGCAGCGGCACCCUGUGCAGCCUUGCUGUAGGUUCUGCCCCUGGCUGAAGGGUCAGUCUUGUGGCUGGGCUGUGCACAACUGCACCGAGUCCCCGUGUGAAGGUGCACUUAGCAUUUGGGGUACAGUUCCUGGGAGCGUGGUGCGGGUCCAGUCUUUGGGGUCUGCUGAGUCCCCCCCCCAAACACAUUGUUUUGCUGAAUGGGGCCUGAAGGGACUCCACAUUUGCGCCCCCUUGUGGCAGCUGGGGGAAGCCUAAGCAGAACUGCUCUUCAGGCUGUUUUUCUACAUGCUUUUAAAGGGCCAUUUUUCAUUAGCUCUUUGACGGAUGAUUCAGGAUCUAAGCCCCGCCGAGGGACAGCUGCCGGGCCUCAGGAGGGAACCCACAAAGGCAGAGACAGUGAGAGGCAGGCGCGCAGGGCCCCCGGGGACACAGGCCCAGGAGCCCCGGGAGACCGCGCAGGGCAGGAGGACCCCACAGCGCGGUGGGCCGGCCUCCUCCCUCCGCCUGGUCUCACGCCGUCUGUGCCAGGCAGGUGAGCAGAAGCCCCAAGUCCACACGAGGCUCCCCUCGCCCACCUCUCUCCGUGCUGUUGGGAAAUACUGUAGUUCAGUUCUGCUCUAGGUAGCAGAUGGUUACGUAGGAAAAUACUGUAAAAAAAUAAACUUUGGGACACACAGCUAUUCGGCUGCACAGAACUGCAAUUUUUAACAUGGAUUUGUAUUUAAUGUCCUUGUUUAUAAAAUACUAACGAUUUGUGAUGUAUUUUACUGGCCAAUAAAACAUGUUCUAUUCUU